ACGCAACUCGCGAUUUUCACUGGGCCUGCUCCAUCGCGUUACCGCGUUACCGAGCAGCCGUCGUGAGCAGCUCCGCGGCUACCCGGAGGUGGUGGUCUCUUUUGCGUGUGCCCUGCGCAUUUUCAUUGCCCCCCCAAAGUAUCGGUCCGAAUAAACGCGCAUAUCCCCGCGUCUCCCUCUCCGCCUCGUUGUCCCGUUGCGUUCUUCGCUCUCUCUUUCUCUCUUUCUGUCUUUCUCGGCGCCCCUUAUACGCGCGCGUUCUUUAUCGCGCGUUGUCUUGUUGUCGCCUGUCCAUCUGUCAACUUUGCGUACGAGAUGUCACGAGGAGGUGGAGGAGAAGGAGGUGGAGGAGGAGAGACGCGGCAGCCGCCACGCUGCCGUUGCGACCGCCGCCGCCACCGCCACCCUUGCAGUCGUCGUUGCUGCGAUUGUCGUCGAUCAACUAUGUUUUGCAUAGCAUCAAACGUGUCGACGGUAUUCAUGAGAGCCGCGUACGGGGUGCAGACGCGCUACCUAGAAAUCACAUCGUCAGGAGGAUGCAUCGCGACUAAAAUCAUCCGCGCGAGAGGUGUUCCAUCACUCACGGCAGACACGAGCAGAUGUUCUCUCAUCAGUUGUGCGAAAUGCUAAAGUGAUGUAAAGAAAAUUGAAACUGCCAAAUCGAGACACGACGCGACGACAUCCUCUAUCAUAGAGUGAUUUCAAUAUACAAAAUAUCAAAACGGGUGACGAGGAGAAGAAGAUGGUGUCUCUGCCUAGCGCAGAGACCGGCACAAUGGACAGAAUCUCGGACGACGACGAUGAUGAGCCUAGUAGCGGAUCAGAGACUUAUGAGGAGGGAGAUCUUCUUUCGGCUGCUAUGGGCGAUGAUGUCACAGCCCAGCUCGCUGCAGCAGGUUGGCAAAAAAACAUUGAUGGGCCAGUCGGCGUCGCCGCGGCAGCUGCCAUUGUCUCAGCCAAAAAGCGGAAACGACCUCACAGUUUUGAAACUAAUCCCAGCAUCAGAAAAAGACAGCAAAAUAGGCUUUUAAGAAAACUUAGACAAACCAUUGACGAAUUUGCAACGCGGGUUGGACAACAGGCAGUAGUGCUAGUGGCUACACCGGGCAAACCAAAUAGUAGUUACAAAGUAUUUGGAGCAAAACCGUUAGAAGAUGUAGUAAAAAAUUUAAGGAACGUUAUCAUGGAGGAGCUUGAGAAUGCCCUUGCACAACAAGCACCGCCACCCUUGCAAGAAGACCCGACAUUGUAUGAAUUACCGCCAUUGAUAAUCGACGGUAUACCAACCCCAGUAGAGAAAAUGACGCAGGCACAACUCAGAGCCUUUAUUCCGUUGAUGUUAAAGUAUUCUACUGGCAGAGGCAAACCCGGUUGGGGAAGAGAUAGUACUCGACCACCAUGGUGGCCCAAGGAAUUACCUUGGGCUAAUGUCCGGAUGGAUGCGCGAUCUGAGGAUGAAAAACAGAAGAUUUCGUGGACUCACGCACUACGGCAGAUUGUAAUAAAUUGUUAUAAAUUCCACGGAAGGGAAGAUCUUCUGCCAGCAUUUAGUGAAGAAGAUGAUAAGUCGAAUGUUCUGAUACAACAAGCGACACCUCAUUCCUCGUCGCAUCCGUCACAUUCGUCGAAUCAAGGGCAAAGUGGAGGACAGUCGCAACAACAACAGACGGUGGGAGUUGUUCGCCUCAACAGCACGGAUUCAUCUAAGGGAAACUCUUCGCCAGCACAAAUCAUUGCCGCGUCUCCUACAGCUCUUGCCACUGCCACUCAGAUGACAGCCCAAUAUCCAACAGCUGUAUUGCAGACAAUAACAAAUCCUGAUGGUACAGUUUCAAUUAUACAAGUGGAUCCUAGCACACCGAUCAUUACUUUACCAGAUGGUACAACAGCCCAAGUCCAAGGAGUUGCUACUAUCCAUACAAGUCAAGGAGAAGUGCAAGCAUUAGCAGAGGUAGCUGGUAGUACGGAUGGUGCUAGUGUGGCUGUUGAUCUGAAUACAGUUACAGAAGCGACAUUAGGUCAAGACGGUCAAAUCAUCCUCACUGGAGAAGAUGGACACGGAUAUCCUGUCUCAGUCUCGGGAGUGAUCACUGUGCCAGUGUCCGCUAGUAUGUAUCAAACUAUGGUGGCCAAUAUUCAAAGCGACGGAACGAUGCAAGUGGUAACACCGAUGGUACAGGUACCCAAGGUAGAACCAGGUAACGGCGACCCCACCAUUGAGGCCGUCACUAUACAGGGCCAUCCUAUGACUAUGAUAAACGCCGCCGGAGAGCAUCAAGUUCUUCAAGUAAUAUCGUUGAAGGACGCCAAUGUUCUGACGAAAGCUAUGCAAGCCGAAGUUGUUAAGGACGAGGAUAGUCAACAACAACAAACUGUAUCUAGCCCGGAAUAAACGCGUGUUUUAAGUGUAAUCUAGUUAAUCCGAAAUCGCUCCAUAUCACCCGCGCACGUAUGCGCGCGUACCACGGUGAUACACGGGGAAGAAAGAUAAAAGUGUGAGAGAAUUAGUAAUGGAUUGGUGUUGUGUUCUUUUUUCUCUUUGAGUCACUGUACUUGUGUAGUAUGUCUUGCUCUAACUGCGUACAGCGAUUAUAUCCGAAAGUGAGAAUGGACAAGUGCGUAAUAUUGAUUAAGAUUAGUCUAGAGUAUUUGUACUCGAGAUUCAUCGUAAAUGCUUGAGGGUCACUUGCAAUUCAAUUUUUUAGAUGUAGUAUUAAUUUUCAAAGAAGUCAAUCGUAUCGCAUUGGAUGAAUGCGUCUCUGUUUUCGCGAAUAAUUUGCGACAUUAUUUAUCUUGCAUUGUUUUUUUUUUUUAUCGAAAAUCAUCGACACAAACGUGCUUUCCGGUAUUGCAAGCACAUAUUUUUGUCUAGUCUUAGAAUCAGGUUGAUAUGUGAAAUACACACCAAAGACAUUUAUUUUUAAUUAUUUCAAUAAUUAUAAAGUGACAAGCAUGAAAGCUCCAUCAUAUCUUCCAUAAUAGCGCAUCAAUAAUUAUAAAGUGACAAGCAUGAAAGCUCCAUCAUAACUUCCAUAAUAGUAAAGAAAAUUUGUUUAUUUUUUCUUUUCUUCGAUUUUCAUAUUAGCGCACAAUAAUUGACUUCAAAAUUUAACAAACAUAUGAAGCUUUUUUAAUUUACGAAUGUUUGUUGUGUCUAAGUAAAUGAGAACAAUCAUGUAAUUUGAUUCCAAAAAAAAAAUCGAUUGUCUAUGAACAUCGAGUCUAUGUUUAUAAAUGAAUGAAACAAUUAAGGUCGGGCAGAGAUUGAAUGAAUCGUGUAAUUCUAUUUGACUAGGUGGAGAUAUCAAAGGUCUAUUCUUUAUAACUGAAUUAUCUGUACUAGUAACAUCAGUUCAGAGUUUUUUUUUUUUUCUCCACAGAGAAGGAGAAAAAUAAAUUCUGUGCUAGUGCAGCCAAUUCAGUUAUAAGGGACAGAUUUCAAGUUGAGUUCGAGAUAUAUUUCGAACUAUGACAUAUGUUUGGAUUGUAUGAUCAUCAGAAAAUUCCGAUCAUUUUCUUUUUCUAUCGCAGAGUUAUGUAACAAUAUACAGAAUUUUAUUUGUCUCGAACGCUUGGAAUACAUCCAUUGCUUUUCCUGAAAAAAUAGGACGAAAAAAUUUUCGUACCGUGUUAAAAGCAAUGAGAUGCCAGAUGGUCAAGAUAGAUGAAAACAGCUCCUGUAUAUGUAAUAUAUACAUAAAGAAUCGAUAGUAGAGAUAAUGAAAAAAAAAAGUUAAGCAUUUCUGACGGGUACAAAUAGGAUGUAAGAUGUAUGUUUUUUCGAAAAAAAAACUCAAAAAACCAAAAAACCAGGAUAUUAAUGGAUUUGAAAUUUCAAUACGCACCAACGCGAGAAGCGUGUGUCCAUAAUCUUAUUUUACAAGAAAUCUUAUAUUGCACCACUUACUAUUACUACUAUUACUCGCUUUAAUUAGCGUAAUCGAUAAGGGGAAUCGUAAAAUCAUAUGAUUUUUAUCAACGCGAUAAAAGAAGAAGGUAAAUUAUAUUUCUAUGCAGGAUUAUUUUAAUGUCAAUCUCUUGCAAAUUAUCGAAACUACGACCGAACGUGUACGUACUACUAUGUACUAAUUUUCUAAAACAAAAUACGCAAUUGUAAAAACCAGGAUUCAUAUACAUAUGUAUUGUCCUUCGAUCCAUUUGAAGGUAAUCAAAAGUAAGGAUUCUAUUUUACAUUAAAUAGUCGGACUGUGUCACAUAUGAUAUUUAAAUCAUCAAUCCAUUUUUAUAUAAUGUAUCUAAAGCGACGAAAGGUGUGCAAAAGCAAUUUUUUGCGUGCAAUCUUGUUUCAAUGUUGCGGUGACAAAAGUUAGAAUCGUCUAUUUUUAAUUUAUAUAAUUAUAAUAUAAUAUAUAAUAUAUAAUAUAAUAUAUAAUUUUGUUUUCUCUAUUGUGGUAUAUAUUUUUUUACUCUUUACUCUUAACUAUUCCGCAUUUCUUCCGUUGUGUAUAAUAUACAUUAUAUAAAUAUUAUUGUAAUAGUAUUGUAUAUGUGAUGUGUAAAUUGUAAAUUAAGUUGAGAAACUACAUAAUGACCAUUUAUCUUAAAGAUCGUAACAUUGAAACAACAAACUUCCCUCAAAAUCAUGUGUAAUAAUACCAAAGAGAUUUUUAUAACAUUAUAGGAAGAAAUAGAGUUGAGAUUAGAGAUAAACACUAUUAAAAACGUAUCAUAAUGACUAGAAACUAAUUAUUGCGUUGUUUUUUUAAGAUUCAAGGCCACUACAUUAAUAAUGUAAUAUAUCAGUAUCCAUGUAUAUGUAAGAUAAACAUGUUAUAUUUUCCCUCUGUUGUUUGUAACAAAGCACACGGAGCAUAAAUUAAGUUAAAUGUCAUUCAAGAAACAAAAAAAAAAUGUAUUACGACUUUAGAUAAUUAUAGACGUAUGUGUA